AGAGACACAGCACAGAGAAAUACUACUGUUCUUCUUGAUUAUUUACAUGUGGACAUUCUCUGACCUCUUUAAAAAUACACAAUUUAAGGACAUCAGUAGCUUGUUAAUGAACAAAGAUGAAACCACUUGGGAGAACAGAGAACAGGAAAACUGACAGAAAGCUCCUCAAGCUACAGGUGGAGAGACUUCGGAGAGAGAGAAUGAACCACAGUCUGGAGAGCCUGAGAACCCUGCUGAUGCAGGGACCACUACAUCAUGGUGUGACUCAGCGUAGAGUGGAGAAAGCUGAGAUCCUGGAACACACUGUUCUCUUUCUCCAGAACACUGGAGAUGGGGACAGGAAGAAAGGAGAAGCUGGAGAAAAGCAACAUCCCUUCCAGGAUGGCUUCUCAGGCUGCCUGCAGAGAGCUGCACACUUCCUGGGGCAGGAAGAGGAGGGCCUACAGCUGCAGGCAGCACUGAACUCUACUUUCUCUACCCAUCUGAACAGCCAUGCCUGUAUGAACACCGAAGUCCCGGCUAAAGCCCACUCUUCCAACUCUCUGCCCAGCACAACGUGCCACCAGUCCUCACACCUGAUGAAGAUACAGGAGUCCCACUACAGACAACAGCUUUGUGAAGACUACAGGAGACAUCUGUCUCAUGCUCACAGAGCUCCACUCCGACAUGGAGAUCCCAAACCUCCCCAGCUGCCCCACAGACACGCUGACAAAGAAGCCCAAUCCCAGAACCUCCCAGGCAGCCAGUCUGUGUGGAGGCCUUGGCCUUGACCUAGCAGAGGAGCCUGAAUUGGGAUAUUGAACUGUAAAACAACUCUAAUAUCCUAUGAACUGAUAACCAGGAUGCCAGAUCCUUUGCUGCUGAGGUUGCUAUGGUGUUUAAAUGCAUACAGUGUUGUGAACACCGGACUCAGA